CCAUGUCCGAGCGCACGUCGACUCCUGACGAGAAAACGCUUGAGCGGCUCCGCUCCGACUACGGCCAAGCCAAGCCGCGCGUCGCACCGCUGGUCGCGCUGCGGCCGGAAGAGCCACACUCUGAGCCGGGAUGCGUCACGAAGGCGCACCGCUAUUUUUGCGGCUCGGUGAAGGCCACCAGCUACACGAUGCUGGCGCUUCUUUCGUUUGCGGCACUGUUCUGGAUUCCGAUGAUCUGGUACGUUAUUAUUCCGGCAGUGCUCGACAUGCUCGUCGGCGCAACGAGCAUCAACAUCCAUAACGCGACGAUGAGCGCUCCAACCGAGACCAGCAUGAGGGUCUCCGCCGUCGUUGAGAUCAACAACGCCGGCGCGCCGCCCAUUCCCCGCCGCCGCCCAUUCCCUUGCCUCACCUCCGGCCCGGUGUUAGGUCCCUUCGGGUGCGACGUCGACGCCUUCAACGCCACCGUCCAUGGCCCGCCAGAGGAGGGCGCGCCCAGCGGCCGGACGAUCGGCUGGAUGGUGGUCCCGCCAUUCACGCUCAAGGGCAACGGCCCGGGCGUCAUCAAUCCGUCUACAGUGAUGCACAUGGCGAAGCGUAUGCUCAACGGUGACGCUGAGACCACCUUCCCACCGAUUCAGCUGACCAACUACGCCACGAGCAACCUCGAGAUGUCGCACGGCAACACGACGACCAACCAGCUCGUGAUUGACGCGGACGUGAGCUUUUACUCUGCAUCGCCCAUGCGUCUCGAGGGAUUCGGCCUCCUCAAGGCAGAGCUCUACUACGACGUGUCCGGCAACAACCCCGACCUCAGCCCAGCCGAAC